AUUUCUGCCAACACCCUUUAACCAAUUCUUUUUCAUUCCUCUUUGUGUGUUUCAAUCCACGGCACUGGCAGACAUUUUUCAAAGUACACACACAGAAAACCAGAAAAGCAGAAAAGUUGAACGCAUGCAGACGAGGGAAAAGUUUUAAAUUUUCCAAUUAAAAGUUCAAUAAUCGGCGAAAGUAUUUAAAUAUAAAUAGGCAGUGUAAAUUUAAUAUUUUCUCAAACGUUUAAACAAAAGCAAGGUUGGUAGAAAAUAUUGACCACCGCAAGGAUGUUACAAAAAAAAGUAUACACGAUUCAUUUUUAUCAAUAAAUAUACUGCGUUUCUGAAUAAAAUGAGUACGGUGGAUACUAGUGGGGGAAGUGGUGGUGGAGUCGCUUCUGGGCCGGGCGGUAACAGUGUAGGGGGUGGUGGUGGAGUAGGAAGCGGCGGAGGCCCCGGUGGUGGUGGUAGCUCAAAUACUGGAGCCCUAAGCUCAUCAAUGGCUAGUAUGGGAUCAACACAGCCACCAACAGGAGAAAAACAUAAAGCCAUAAUUACCCAUUUAAUACAACCCAACAUCCAACGACAAAACCAACAACAACACCAAUCAUCAGAGCAACCAACAUUAUUCGACACUCAAUCGCCAACAACAACAACUUUAACGACAUCAACAAUCGCAACAUCAAAUCACCAACGACCAAGAACAAACCUCCCCAAUUUACCUAAACCCCAUAUAAUAACAUCAGUUUUGAACCCAAUACCAAAUCCACCUACCCAUCCCCCUGUUCAUACCACACACUUGCCAACCACAGUUUUUCAUAAUUAUGCACAAAAUCAAGGUCAUUUAUACAAACGAAGCCAUCAUUUGCAUGCCUCUGUGCAUUUUAAUAAGUUGUCAAAUAUCCAUCCAUGUUAUUUUAAUCCAGUUGCAGCUAAAAUUUCACACGUCAAGACAACACUGGAUGGCAAUCUAGUAAAUACCAGCUCGGCCGGUGGCAGCAAUAUACAAAUCGGUAGUGGCACCGUAAGUGGUGUUAGCACUAUAAUGACUAGUAGUGUUUCAACAACUGGAGCCAUUAAAAUGACUACAGCUGGAGGAGCAAUUGCCACUUCUAUAGGAGGCACGCCAAUUGCCUUAAAUGUAGCACAAUCACCAACAGCUAUACGUACCAUUGGUGCUGGCGGUCAAUCGACGCAAGUGCGUGUUGUUGUGCCUACCAAUAUCAUACCCAUCAAACAAUUCGACGGUGCUGCAGGUGUCGGUCGUACCCAGAUUACCGCUAUACCAGCCGGCGUUUCGGGUGCCACUUCACGCACUGUUUCCAAUACAUCUAUAACAGUAACAAGGCCAUUAACUCAAACCACAUACUUUCCACGUGCAGGCGUAAAUGCUACUCAAAUGGCAGCAGUGGGCGCGGGACAAAGGCUUGUAACACCAAUUCGUACAGGCCCGAACCCUGGUUCUAUGAGCGCUGGUGCCACUGUUACGGGGCUUACAACAGCUGGCGGAUUUGUACGGGGCACUGCUGCUACUUUGAAUCGUAAUACAUCAUCACCGGCGACAUCGGUUAUAUCUCCAGCGACCAGCACGACUUGGAUGCAAACCAACACGGGCGGACAAGUGCAACUAAUAAGGGCUAUACCACAACAAACACAAAAACGAAUUAUCACUGCGCAAGGUAUGACUACAACUUCUGGCUCCUACAACAGCAGCAAUAUUGGAGGUGGUAUGGGUGCAGCGGUGAGUGGCACUGUUGUUGCUGCCACCCCACCGACGGUGGUGCAGACGGGUAGUGGCGGUCAAACGCAAACCCAACCAGGUCAGGGGGGGCAAUCUACCAUACAAACAGUUUCCUCAUCUGUAGUGUCGCAUAGCCAGGCGCAAUCACAGCAGCAACAAACUUAUGUUGCCACCUUAGCCACCGUUUUACCACCGCGCCAACACCAAGCCACACUUGUUUACUCGUCAAAUGUAGCAGCCACUUCACAACCACUCGCACAGCAACCUCAACAAUUUAAUCCAACAGUAGCAGCCGGCCAACGUCUUGCCGUUGCCACACAACUCUCUGCUGCAGCUGCGCCGGUUACCGGCACAGCAUCGCGCCAAAUACGUCCGAUACCACUACCAAAAUCCUUCUCUGCUGCCAAGCUGAAUACGACCAGUAUUAGCAUACGCGCACCAAAUAUAACAUCCACACUUCAACCAGUUGGUGGCGGCGGUGGAACUAUAGUUGCGUCGAGCAAUACGGCUUCUACCAAUUCAGCACGGAACACCACAAUGAGUGGUGUAGCAACAGGUGUUGGUGGCAACGUCAUACCAACAGCAAAUUUGCCUACUACACGAAUAAUACAAUUGCAGCAGCCAGGCGGCGCUACGCAGCCUAUCAUCGGUGCAACUGGACGUAUAUCGGGUAACGUCAUGUACCAGCCAAUCAUUGUCAACAAAGUGUCUGGUUUACGCCAACCGGUUUCGAUGACCGCCAAACCUUCGCUUACUAUCACCCCAUUCGCUUUGGGUAAGUUGCCCGCUGGCGCGGGUGGCAGUGCUACACAAGUGGGCGUUAAUUUGGCUCAGCAGCAAAACGUUACCACCAGCAUACAAUCGUCGUUAGGUGGGGGCGGCAGUUUAAGCGCAAGUGCCGGCGGCAGUGGUGGCAAUAGUUCACCCGCCUUAUCUGCAAAUACGCCCACCUCAAUCGGCGGUGGUGUUACGAGUCUAUCUACCGCGCAACUUGUGAAUGUUUCGCAGGCAGCAGCUGCCGCUGCGGCUGGACAACUGUUAACCACACAAAAUAUCGUUUCGUCAACAACUGGAGGUGGCACUACAGUACUGCCCCUGGCCAUAGCGACUCGUGGCAAUGCGCCUGGCAACAUAAUCACUGGCGCUAUCACACCGCUCAAAAAUGCCAGCGCAAUAACGGUAGGCAAAGUUAUGGCUGCCGCCAAUGCGGCGAGCCUAGAGAGCAGCACCAGUGGCAUGAGCGGCGCUAGUAUUAUUACAAGUAAUGCCGGACCACCGACAAGCGUUUACAUACAUCAAGCGGUGUCGGGCCAGCGUACGCAUGGACCAAACGUCAGCGUAAGCGGCACCAAUUUAAAUGCACCUUUGUCAUCAUCAAGCAACAACACUACUGUGCUCACAUCCUCAGGUGGGGUAGGGAAUAUACCGACCUCAGCGGGUGCUUUUCUGCCACCUGGUGGCACCAUUUACUAUGAAUCUGUACCCGCCAGUUCUGUGCAAGUGUCAACCGGUGUGCUCUCACUCACCACCUCAACUGUAACCAGCAGCACUUUGCCACCAACACAGAAUCAAUUAGCGAACGCAGCACCGGCUACGAAUCUAGCCAUCUCGUCGUUGCCAUUUGCCGCAUCAGCAGUUUCGCACGCUGGUAACUCAACGGCCACCUUCACCGUAGUGCCAUCAACAGGCGGACGAUCCAUUGGGCAACUGCAGAUACCAGUCUCUAGCGCAGCGGGCACACAAAUUCAAUCAGUGCCCCUGCGUUUUAGCGCGCAAUUGACAUCAGCAGCGCAAAGCGGCGGCAAUGCCAACUCCUCCAAUGCACUGUCCGCCGAUGCAAUUUCCGUGUCACAAGCCACACAGCAGCUGUUGCAGCAAAGUGGAGUUACUGGUGGCCAACAGCUAAUUAUACCAGCUUCGGCAGCGGCAUCGGCACAUCAAGUCGCCAGCGGCGCUACCACAGCCACGCAGGGUCAGCAUGUUGUCAUACCACUGCAGACAUCGAUCAAAGUAACCGGGGGCAGUGCAGGGUCAGCUGUUGUUUCCAAUUUUCUACGUAAACGUGAUGUGGAAGGUUCACCUCUACGGGUUGCCAAAAACCUGGCGCCAACAUUGAUAUCGAUGAGCGGUGGUAGUGGCACAAUUUUAACGAGUGCUGCCGCUUCGCCAGCAGCCUCUUCGGUGGGCAGCUCGUUCAGCAUUACCUCUGUGGCACCCUUGUCGACUUCCUCGAUGACCUCAAUUCAAACCACCACAGCAUCUGCACUCACAACAGAAGCAUUGAACAAAAAGGAUCGCGCACAGGCAGCGGCGACUGGCAGUGUUAUUGGGUUGCAAAGAGUAGCACGUGGCGAGUCGCCAGGCUCGUCGGAUGGCUCCACAACUGUGUCGGCGAAUUCUUCACCCGGUGUAGAGCAGCAAAUGCAGGAUGGCAAUAUGAUGAUGAUUAAUCAUAUGCCACAUGGUACGAACGAGUCCACACACUUUAAUCCCAUAAAUGAGAUGUAUUCGAACCAUCAUGGCAAUGUUAAUAUGCAUCAUAAUGUGCUUAUGAGCGGCGGAAGCGGAACUCCCAUCAGCUCACGAAAUUCUUCUCUGGAUCAUCAUCAGCAAUUGCACGCACCUGUAGUCUCGAACGUUGCGCGCCUCAAUGGUGGUCCAAUUGAAUGUUCAACGCGCAAGAAAUCCAGGCGUUCAACAAAUGAUAGUCAACUUUCGAGUCAUAGCCAAGGCUCACUCUCUCUCCCACCACCAUCAUCAACUGGGGUUGCUGUUAGUCAUAUGAAUAAUAACAACAAUAACAACUAUGAACUGUCUGCUGCAACCACCAACGUCGGCAUAAUGUUAGCGCCUGUACACAGCUCAAUGGCACCUGACAGUACUGGCAGUUCUAUACCACAUCAAUAUGAUGAUAAUAACACAAACGCAAAUGCUAUAGCUUCCAGUUCAGCACAUAACUAUACCAGCAAUCAUAAAAAUAAUAACCUGCCUGCCACCACAGGCAAUAAGGAGAAUGCCAAACCAGUGGAGUUCAUACUACGACGGCCGCGCAAUUUUACGCUGUUAAAUGCGUACAAACAAAACUGGAAGGCGGCCAACAAUCAUUUUCAACGCUACACUGAUGUGAAACCGCGUGAAGAACGCCGCCCAACCGUUAUUGAUUUGGCCAAUCAGUCGAAUGUAAUGGGUAAAAUUAAUGGUUGGAAAAUCUAUCAUUUAAGCUCCCAAAUGGAGGAUUUGUGUGAGAAUGAAUCAAAUGGAUACGACCAACUCAGUAAUAUGUUGAAACAAAUGGAAACUCAUGAAAAGAAUCCGGAAAUUGAGCGGAUAAACGAAUUGCUGAAGGGUAACAUACAGCGCAGCAAAAUUAUUGUCGAUGGCAUUAAUGAUGCACAAAAUCAAAUGAUGAAAAUUUUCGAACAUAAAUCGCACAUAUCGGACAUAUUACAUCGGUGCGCAUCUAAGCGUAAUUUUAAGAAGCGUGAAAAAUUUUAAAAAGCGUGGUCAGCAUUUGUAUGAGAUAUUAAUGUUCUAGAGAAAUCUUAAAUUUUAAUGCAAUAGAUUAAUUAUUAAGUUAUAUACUAUGUAGUUGUACAUACAUACAUUUGUACACAUAUAAAUAUACUAUAUAGAUGUACAAACAUUUGUACACAUAUAGCAAUUUUAUUUAAAAAAAAAAUCAUAGCAUUGGAAACUAAGCGUGUCUUUUGUUCUAAGAAAGCAUAAAUUUGUAUGUAAUAACAUUUUGUCCCUGUUUUUAUUUCAUCAAACAAUUUACUAUUUUCAGAAAACAAAGAUCACGUCACUUUUGUAUAGAUAAUAAAAUUGAUUGUGUUUAAUUUUGUUUCAUUCUGCAAUCUUAGAGUUAAAGUUAAGAUUUAACCGUAUAUUCACAUAAAAUUACAAUUAUAAGUUACUGAGCUUUUAUUAA